AUGUGGGACAACCGAUGCGUUGUUGUUGAGAGCGGCCGCGAGCUGCGCAUAGGACUUGACGUGUCAUGCGACAUCGUCGUGCAGCCGCCCCAAUCGCGUGCCGCCGGGGCUCACAUCGUCGCUUCCCGCCAUCCUAUCCUGGCUCGUAUUUCUUGCACCGCGGAGGAGGAGCUGCUGCUCAGCAUCCCCGCCGCUAGCAUUGCUGUGUACGUGAACAAUAUUAAAGUGGGGAUGCAUAGCCGACCCUUGCGGCUUCCCCCCGGCUCUUUUGUCUCAUUCAUCAAAUGUUGCAAGCAAACGACGUUUCGUUUCUUUACAAUCAGCACGUAUUCGGUUGCGGUGCCAACGCCGGAGAGCACCUCAAAUGUAUCGACUCCCGAAGCCUUGGAGAAAAGCCUUCGAAACAAGCCAUUACUGCUGCUACCUCUGGCACCAACUGGUGGUGAGGUUGAAGAAAUAAAUUCUCCGCGAUCGCCACGUGUGGUGCAAAUUGUGGGGUCUGCCAAAGAAAACAAAGCGGAGUUGUUGAUGGCAUCAUACGAAUCACAGCCUUUAGAGGAAACAGAGAAAAGUUCCUGUCAAGGUCUCACGGAUCCUGGGAGCUCGGGUUUCACUCACAAUAUGCCGCCGUACAUGGGCAAGGCGGAUACUUACCUGCCACCAUCACCACAUGCCAUUGUGCCCUACGUUGUGGAGUUGUUGGGGGAGCGUGCCGCUCUUCACACUAUUAUGGAUCAGAGUAGUCUGAGCGCCUCAGAAAUCGGCCAGUCGUCGGAUCCAAAAAGCACAAAAACGAAGCUCAGCCAUCAUGUUUUGGAUGAUCCCUACAUGACAUGCCACGGGUACGAGGUGUUAAAAGGAGUUCGUUACAUGCGCUUUGAGACGCCGGUGCGUUCAGCGGCGGCAAAUGUAUUGGAAUGCAUUGAGGAUGCCUACGAACCGGAAGAGGGUAUUUUUUUGAAAUUCACCGAAAGCAGUAGAAAAAUGCUUUUGGAACAAUUUUUUCUUCUGGCGGAGCAUGCGAUCAUGACAAUGUCAUUUUCACCGUUAACGAUACGGCGUCGGUCACCCAUUUUCUGCUGUGGUGACAUUCAUGGUAGUUUUGCUGAUCUAAAGUUCAUUGCUGAUAGCGUGGUACCCUUCCGUCACUGGUCUCUCAUGACAACACCGGUGCUGUUUCUUGGCGACUACGUGGAUCGUGGCUUACACGACGUGGAGGUUGUCUUGUACCUCCUCUCCUGGCAGACUCUUUGCCCGGAGAAUGUCAUCAUUCUUCGUGGCAAUCAUGAAGAUGAGGAGAUAAAUGGUGACGUUGAAACUUAUGGUGAUUUGUCCUUCCGCAAAAAGUGCUGGGAUUUCUUUGGCAAUAAAGAUGGCGAGAUGUUUUGGAGACGCGUGAAUGAUGUCUUUGCGACGCUUCCGCUAAUGGCGAUUGUGGACGACACCAUUUUUGCGUGUCAUGGGGGUAUUCCGCUGCUGCGUUUUAACUUGGACGAGCCUGCGCCUCGCGGGCGAGAGGAGCAGCCGCCCCAAGAAGGGCAGCAGAGGCGUGAGAAGGAAGGGGAGGAAAGGGAUAAAUGCCCGUCUUCCCCGAGGGAAUUCACAGCAGGCAACGAUGGCGUUCCACACGAGGAUCUUCUAAAGCUUCUUAUGGACGGCACCCCGAGUGAGUUGAGUGAACUUCGUUUUCGCUGUCUGAUGCCGGUCGAUAAUGAAGAGGGUCGGACUGCGCAGUUUCGCCGUCUGGUGCGCGAGCUGCUCUGGAACGAUCCCGUCUCUUCUUCUGUCACUUGUGACACUCCGUUGCUACGAAGUGGAGAAGGCAUUUUUGGUCAGGCAUCAGACGAGCAUGCUUUUCGCCAUGAAACAUUUGAUGCACACGGGUUCCGCAGUAAUAUGGGACGAGGUGAUGAUCGGAACAUCAUACGCGAGUUUACGGCAUUCGCACUUGAGUCCUUUAUGCAGCGGUGGGGGUUCACGCUGCUGAUCCGUGCGCACCAACAGAAGAUGUCUGGUUUGGAGAUGGGCUUCUCUGGCCGCAUCCUAACGCUUUUCUCUUGCUGUAACUACCUGGAAGACAUGAACAGAGCUGGUGCGUGCAUCAUCCUAAAUCAAGAGGUGCGCCCGAUCUCGUGGCGCCGCUCUGCUGGACGUCGUGUUGCGGAGGAGAAAUUUGAGCCUUUGCAGAGGCGUGCGGGGCCUGCGCUAUGGAGCUCCGGCUCACUUCCCGAGAGUUUCUGCAGUAUCAAAGAACGCCCCAUGAAGAAGCCGGUAGUGCCAUCCUACGUGGGGUCGUCGGUCGUGAGUUUUGGGUAG